GUUUGUACACAGUGCGCUCCCGGCGGCCCGCUCGCUCCCCUCCAGCUCACGCUUCAUUGUUCUCCAAGUCAGAAGCCCCGCAGCCACCGCGUGGAGAACAGCGAUAGCCGAGCGCCCGGUCCACCCGUCCGCCAGUGGGUCUGCCUGCCCGCGCAGGAGACCCGGGGCGGCCGCGGGCGCCCGCGCCCCGCCCGCCGCGCCUCUGCCGGGACCCACCCGCAGCGGAGGGCUGAGCCCGCCGGCGGCUCCCCGGAGCUCACCCACCUCCGCGCGCCGGAGCGCAGGCACAAGGGGAGGAAAGGCUCCUCUCUUUAGUCACCACUCUCGCCCUCUCCAAGAAUUUGUUUAAGAAAGCGCUGCGGAAAGAGAACGUCUUCUUGAAUUCUUUAGUAGGGGCGGAGUCUGCUGCUGCCCUGCGGUGCCACCUCGGCUACACUGCCCUCCGCGACGACCCCUGACCAGCCGGGGUCACGUCCGGGAGACGGGAUCAUGAAGCGCUCGGUAGCCGUCUGGCUCUUGGUCGGGCUCAGCCUCGGUGUCCCCCAGUUCGGCAAAGGUGAUAUUUGUGAUCCCAAUCCAUGUGAAAAUGGAGGUAUCUGUUUGCCAGGGUUGGCUGAUGGUUCCUUUUCCUGUGAGUGUCCAGAUGGCUUCACAGACCCCAACUGUUCUAGUGUUGUGGAGGUUGCAUCAGAUGAAGAAGAACCAACUUCAGCAGGUCCCUGCAUUCCUAAUCCAUGCCAUAAUGGAGGAACCUGUGAAAUAAGUGAAGCAUACCGAGGGGAUACAUUCAUAGGCUAUGUUUGUAAAUGUCCCCGAGGAUUUAAUGGGAUUCACUGUCAGCACAACAUAAAUGAAUGCGAAGUUGAGCCUUGCAAAAAUGGUGGAAUAUGUACAGAUCUUGUUGCUAACUAUUCCUGUGAGUGCCCAGGCGAAUUUAUGGGAAGAAACUGUCAAUACAAAUGCUCAGGCCCAUUGGGAAUUGAAGGUGGAAUUAUAUCAAACCAGCAAAUCACGGCUUCCUCUACUCACCGAGCUCUUUUUGGACUCCAAAAAUGGUAUCCCUACUAUGCACGUCUUAAUAAGAAGGGGCUUAUAAAUGCGUGGACAGCUGCAGAAAAUGACAGAUGGCCGUGGAUUCAGAUAAAUUUGCAAAGGAAAAUGAGAGUUACUGGUGUGAUUACCCAGGGAGCCAAGAGGAUUGGAAGCCCAGAGUAUAUAAAAUCCUACAAAAUUGCCUACAGUAAUGAUGGAAAGACUUGGGCAAUGUACAAAGUGAAAGGCACCAAUGAAGACAUGGUGUUUCGUGGAAACAUUGAUAACAACACUCCAUAUGCUAACUCUUUCACACCCCCCAUAAAAGCUCAGUAUGUAAGACUCUAUCCCCAAGUUUGUCGAAGACAUUGCACUUUGCGAAUGGAACUUCUUGGCUGUGAACUGUCGGGAUGUUCUGAGCCUUUGGGUAUGAAAUCAGGACAUAUACAAGACUAUCAGAUCACUGCCUCCAGCAUCUUCAGAACACUCAACAUGGACAUGUUCACUUGGGAACCAAGGAAAGCUCGGCUGGACAAGCAAGGCAAAGUGAAUGCCUGGACCUCUGGCCACAAUGACCAGUCACAAUGGUUACAGAUUGUAUCAGCAUUUUCCAAAAUGUAUCCUGAAAAUCACUACUUCCAUAAGAUUUUCCUGGAUGUUUCAGAACAGUGCUUGAAAAUGAAAGCUUUUCUUCCAAACUAUUAUUGGCAUUAACAAAAUUUUGCUAUGUCUACAUAAGCUGUGUGACUCAGAAAUUAAGGCAAAUAUUUUAAAACCCUGACAGGAAACUUAGUUUAUUUAAAACAAAAAAGAAUGUGAUGAUUCAAAUUACUCUUGUAUUUGCUCCGUAUGCCAGUUCACUAAUUUAAGAUCUAAUUUUCCUAUUUCACCUAUUGGAACCUAUUUUUCAUGCAGAACUCUCAAGUAACUCAGAAAUACCAGUUGUCAAAUAAGAUUUAAUAGUUAUAUUUUAUGAAUAGUUUUAAUUUUAAAAUGAGCGCUAAAUUAAACUUAGUAUGUGGUUUUAUGAUUUAGCUGUUUGGAUUUUUAAGGAAAUGCCACAUAUGUUUUAAAGACCAAGCAAGUUUUAAAGGUUAUGCCAGUGGAUUACAAGAAUUGCCAUUCUAAUUAUGUUCAAUAUGGAAGAGAAUGUUAAUUGAUCUUACUGGAGUGAUCCUCUUAAAGAUUUUGGGUUUAAUUAAACAGUAGUUGUGUUUAAUUCAUUUCAGAUAAAACUUUAUUUUUAAUUAAAUGGGGAAUGGCAUUUAGCAAUCUUACCUGAAUUCUUUUCUGAGAAACUCUUCCAUAAGAAAAUGAAAACACUGAUUUUGUCCUGUCUCAAGAACAAAUAUGCUUUUCAAAUACUACUUUUGUGCUUCUCUUCAUUAUGGCUCAUGGAGCCUUCAACGAGAUUCUGUGCUAACAUAUCCAGCAUGUUGGAAAUUACACUGAAAUCCCUCUGCAUUAUUUCAAGUUAUUAAAAAAGCUUUUGUGUCAUUUUUAGUUAGAGCUUGUCUGGUGUCUUUGUCAGUUUGGGCUGCUAUAACAAAAAUACUACAGACUGGGUGACUUAAAAAAAGGAAAUUUACUUUUCACUCUUCUAGAUCCUGGAAAACCUGAGAUCAGAGUGCCAGCAUGGUAGGGUUCUGGUGAGGACAUUCUUCGUGGUUCCUAGAUGACCAUCUUCUUGAUGUGUCCUCACAUGGUAGACAGCAGAGAAAGAGGAACCUCUCGUGUCUCUUCUUGCAUGGAUACCAGUUCCAUUCAUGAAGACUCCACAUUCAUGACAGAAUUACCUUCCAAAGAAAACCAAGCAUUUAGUCCUUAACAUCUGGUAAUAAGUGUUGCAUGGGUAGAUUUACCAACUAAGUCACAGCCACAAAAAUGUAUCCAAAAUUUGUCUGAAAAUACAAUUUUCUAAAGUAAAAAAUUAUUAUCCAUCUUUUUGAAUUUAGCAAAAUUUCUUAAUGCCAAAACAUCCAGUCAAAGCUUGAAAAAUAUGUGUCAAACAACUACUUAUUUCAUAUUUUAAAAAAUCAGCUUAGUGUAUUACUAUUUGUUACUGUUAUGGGCUGAAUUGUGUCGCCCCAAAAUUUAUAUAUUUAAGUCCUAACCCCAACUAUCUCAGAAUGUGAUUAUAUUUGGAGAUAGCAUCUUUAAAUAGGUAAUUGGGGUAAAAUGAUGUCAUAAGGUUAAGCCCAAGUCUAAUAUGACCAGUGUCCUUAAAAGAAGAGGAGGUUAGGACACAGACACCCACACAGGAAAGACCAUGUGAAGACAUGGAGAGAAGAUGGCCAUUCACAAGCCAGUAACAGGCCUGAAAAGAAACCAACCUUGGCAACACCUUGAUCUUGGACUACCAGCCUCCAUCCAGCACUGUGAGAAAAAAAAAUGUUGUUUUUUUAAGCCAAGGAGUUGGUGGCACUUUGUUAUGGCAGCCCUAGCACACUAGUACAAUGACUGACUCUAAUCAAGCAUACAGAAGUGUGCCGAAGCCAGAAGACGUGGGAGAAUCUGAAAACGGUCGAGGUUGUGUGAGAAGAUGAGAGGAAGGCAGUCAGGAGGUGUAGGCUAACACCACUCACUAGGCUGUGAUUGCUUCCCAGCCCUUAGGUUCCCUGUGAGUCAGCUAUUAUAGAGUUCAGAAUUGGUAUCCUAGUGUUUCUUUAUGAAUAGAACCUGGAGAGGACAGAAAAUGCUGCCUAGUUUAUGGGAAAACCAAAUUCCAGAGUCUGAAAAUGUAUAGCAUUGCCGCAUAAUCUGUCAGUUACUUUAAGAUACACAUUUAAAUUAGUAUGUUUGAAAUUCUUGUAUAUUAUGACAGUAUAAAUACAGCCCUAGGAAUAAACAGAAAUUCAGUAUACAUGUUCUUGUGCUAUUAAUCAUAUCCCAACUGUAUCUUAGAAAAUUGCUUUGCUUAGUAGACAAGACAUGUUUAGAAUAACUCCUGAUGCAUUUACUCCUUAAGGAACACCAUUUAACCUCAUGUUUAACGUUUGUGAAGUAAAGGUUACAAGGUUGAACAUGAAAAAAAUGUAGAUCAAUGCUUUGAUCUUUCUGAGAAACGUAAUUAAUUUUUAAAGAACUUACUUAUGUUUUAGAUAUGCAAAGAUAUGUGUAAUUAUAAAGUGUGCUACAUAGGAGAUUUAAAAACCACUUCUGAACUAAAAGUGCACAAAUAAACACAAAAGAAAAACAAAAGUAUCUUUGUACCAUAACUAGUGGUGCACUGCAUUUAUCUUUUUGUCUGAAAAUUACAUCAUUGUUUUAGAAAGGGACUUUUAGGUCAUUCAAAUCCAAGUAAGUCCUGAUGUUUGGAGUCAUUUAAGCAUAACCUUUAUAGAUCUAUGAUCAUCGAGCCUGUACCCAGAUAAUUUCAAUCAGAUAACUCCAUUCAUUGCUGGAUUAUUCUAAUUAUUAGAUUUAUCUUCCUUAAACAAAGUUUUUCUGAGUUUCUUGCCACUUUCUUGUACUUGCAUUUGAAAUAGAAUAUGGUAUCAUUAGCAAACUUAUUUAUCUUUCCCUGGGUGCAAUUUUUUAAUAGAUCUUUUAAAGUGUUGUCUCCAGAAUUGAAUACAAUGCUCCAUAAAUGUUCUAAUCAUUUUGAGUAGAGUGCCCUGUGAGGAUGUCCCUGCCUCUGACUUGUAGACACAGACUUUAAUUAAUGCAGCCUGCCAUAAUAGAAGUUUUUCUUGCUGUUAUUUCAGUAUUAUCAGCUUAAUCUUAAUCCUUUUGAGGGUUAAAUUUCUCAAAGUGAAUGUAUAACUUAGCCUUAUGAAAGUUUAAUACUCCCUUUGAUAAAAGCAUUGAGGGAAUUUUCAUUUUUAUGCUUUUAUUUCUAUUAUUUUUCAUGAAAGGUAAAUAUGUAUAUAUCUACACUUAGGACUUCAAUAUAGAUGGAUUGUAUUAGUUCUUUUUCACACUGCUGAUAAAGACAUACUCAAGACUGAGCAAUUUACAAAAUAAAGAGGUUUAAUGGACUUAGAGUUCCACAUGGCUGGGGAGGCCUCACAAUCGUGGCGGAAGGCAAGGAGGAGUAAGUCAUGUUUUACAUGGAUGGCAGCAGGCAAAGAGAGAGAACUUGUGCAGGGGAACUCCUCUUUUGUUUUGUUUUGUUUUGUUUUGUUUUGUUUUGUUUUGUUUUGUUUCGUUUUUGAGAUGGAGUAUCCCUCUGUCCCCCAGGCUGGAGUGCAGUGGCGCAAUUGGCUCACUGCAAACUCCACCUCCCAGGUUCACGCCAUUCUCUUGCUUCAGCCUCCAGAGUAGCUGGGACUACAGGCACCUGCCACCACACCUGGCUAAUUUUUUGUGUUUUUAGUAGAGAUGGGGUUUCACCAUGUUAGCCAGGAUGGUCUUGAUCUCCUGACCUCAUGAUCCACCUGCAUCAGCCUCCCAAAGUGCUGGGAUUACAGGCAUGAGCCACCACACCCAGCCGGAAUUCCUCUUUAUAAAACCAUUAGAUCUUGUGAGAUUUAUUCACUGUCAUGAGAACAACAUGGGAAAGACUUGCCCCCAUGAUUCAAUUACCUCCCACCAGGUCCCUCCCACAACACGUGGGAAUUCAAGAUGAAAUUUGGGUGGGGACACAGCCAAACCAUAUCAUGAAUCUUAUUCAAGUUUGAAAUUGUACAAAGCAAUAUUAUAUAUACUAGUAUAUCUAUGUAUAUAUAUAUUUAAGACUCCAUGUUUACAUGAAUAUAUAUAUGUGUGUGACUAUAUAUUUUACACACAUAUACAUACAUAUAUGUGUUUGUAUGUUUAGAUUAUCAGAAAACUUUGGACUUUUUUUGAAGUUUAAACAUUUUCUAAUAAAGUAUCCAUUGAUUA